AUGCAGAUCUCUCAGCUUCUUCUCGCAACCGGCCUCUUCGCCUCCUCCAUCUUGGCUGCCCCUGUCACCAGCUCCAAUUGGACCAUACUAGACAUGAAGCGCGUUUGCAAUGGUGAAAACACCUCCUGCACCUGGACCUUCGGCAUCAACUCCGGUUUAGACAUUACCGACUGUACCUUUAUCGUGGAGGCCACCGAUGCCUCUCACGCUAACGGAGGCCCGAGUACAUGCGGCGCAUACACCGUCAGCUCAGGCUGGAGCGGCGAGUUUGAUCCUACCAACGGCUUCACUACCUUGUCCGUUGCCAAUGAAGAGACCGGCCAGAUAAUCUGGCCUGCCUACACCGACGAGCAGCUUGCAGACGGAAACGUCGUCAAGCCCGACCAGAGCUACCCUCCCACUGCUUUCCCUUGA